AUGCCUGCUCGGGGCCCACAGGAGAGCCAUGCGGGGCCCAGCCCCAGCAGCGCUGAUGUGCCCUCCCUGGGUGCUGGCGGGACCUGCGCAAGGCGAGGCGGCCAGCCCAGCAUCGGCCCGAUCGGGGAGAUCGUCGCCUCGCGAUCCUACAGACUUUUCCUGGUCUACAUCGUGUUCUUCACGGGGCAGAUGCUGGUGGUGCCCUACGUCGCCACCAUGCAGACCGAUUUCUUCGCGACGUCAAUUGCCGGCGAGUCCAUCGAGUGCACCGGCCUGGCGCCAGGAGUCAAGCCGCCCCGGCCCUGCAUAGAAGCCCACUCGGACGUCGUCGCGUGGUCCACGUGGUCCGGCUUCGUCACGAACGCCGUGGUGUCCGCGUUCAUCAACCCCGCCUUGGGGACAUGGAGCGACCUCUACGGACGGAAGCCCUUCCUCGUGCUCGGAUUCGCUCUGCAGUUUCUGCCCUACGUGGCAGUGCUGCUGUACCUGGAGAACGUCAUCCCGCUCUACUGGUUCUGGCCAGCUAGCGUCCUUGCUGCGGGUGUCAGCUCCUACACCCUUGCGCUGGCCUACUUCGGGGACGUCAUCUCCAUGCGGAACCGCACUGUGGUGUUCGGAUUCUGGACGGGGACUUUCUACACAAGCUCCGUCCUGGGUUCCUUCAUCAACGUAUCAGGCCUGAUCACGACGGCCGAAGGAGCGGUGGUGGUCACGCUCACCUCCAUCGCUGCGGCCACAGCCCUCACCCUCUUCUGGAUCCCUGAAUCGUUGCCCUCAGCCACAAGGCUGGCAGCUCAACAGAGGGCCCACGAGUCAGGUGUCCUGGGCGGGAGGGGCCUGGUGGCAUCUGUGAGGAAGCUGUUCCUGUCCGCCUGGACGUCCCUAAAGAUACUGACGAGGAACAGUAUGUUUGUCAAGCUUGCCAUAACGGUGAUGAUCAUCUUUGUAGUGCUGCAAGAGAGCAUGGAUUUCAUGAUCCAGUAUCUGCAGGAGGUGGUGGGAUUCAACACAAUGGACCAAUCCGUCCUGCUUGGGGUGCUGGGCGUGAGCGGCCUGUUUGCGCUGUACGUCGUCCUCUGGUUCCUGCUUGCGGUUGUCCGCCUGUCGGAGAAGUGGGUGCUGGUGAUCGGCAUCGUUUCGUUCGCCCUGGAGCAGAUUGCCCUUGCGGCGGUGUACCAGAAGUGGCAGGCCUACGCAGCCGUUGUGGUGGGGUCGUUGGGCGGGCUGGCCUUCCCAGCCAUACAGUCAAUCAAGUCGAUGUCGGUUGGGGAGGAUGAGCAGGGGGCGAUUCAGGGCGCCCUGGUGGGAGCCAGGUCGUUUGGCACUGGCAUUGGCCCCCUGCUUUUCCUUGCUCUGUUCAACGCAUUCAGGAGGGGCGGACUGUACUACCCAGGAGCUCCCUUCAUUGGGGCGCUGGUGCUCGAGCUCGUGGGGCUCGGCUGUGCCCUCACCAUCAAGCUGCCGGCUUCGUUUGGAAAGCAACCUCAGAAAGGCUGUUCUGGAGAUGUGGCGGCAGCCUCAUCAAGCGGGCACCAGGAGAAGACGCCUCUGCUGGAAGACGUGUAG